AUGCCUACCAACGCCUGGACUCGCCCUAAGCGCGGCAGCGAAGCCGCCAAAAACCAUGGCUUCAUGGAUACCUACUUCCCCUCAAAUGGCUCCGGUGGCUCCGGCGGAGGUGGUAAGUGCCGUUGCAAGCACAAGUGCACCUGCAAGAACAAGAAGAAGGCCGAUCAGCCAGCCAUGCUGCUCCAAGACGCUCCCGAGUCGAGCUCGAGCUCGCACCCGAGCUCAUCCCAAGGCAAAAAAAAGCCCCUGAUGCUUGAGUACGUUUAUUCUGACCCGCGCUUGCAGCAUUCGCAGGGGAAGUACUCACUAUUGCUCGAGAUCGAGCUCAAGUCACGCAUCGAGCUACCAACCGAGUCACCAAUCGAGUUAUCAACAGAGCCAUCAGUCGAGCUAUCAUCCGAGUCCUAUGUCGAGUUAUCAACCGACUCCCAUGGGGAGCUUCCAGCGAAGUCAUUUGUGGAGUUACCAGGUGAGUCCCAUGUCGAGUCGCCAGCCGAGUCCAAAAUCGAGCCACAAAUCUAG